GCCAGAUCCUCGCCCACCAUGGUGCAGAAGACGGUGGUAGAUGGUCCCUCCCAGGCCGAGCAGCUGCUCCGCGUUACUUCUGGCAUUGCAGCGGAACUCAUCAAGGCGCACGAUGCCAACGAGACUGUCUCGCUGAAUGAGAUUCGGCUGAAGAUCAGCAAGAGAUAUGGAUAUGGCGGAGUCCCCCGUCUAGUCGACAUCAUCAGCGCGAUCCCAGACGACUACAAGAAGGCCCUGCUGCCGAAACUCAAGGCGCGGCCGAUCAGGACUGCGAGUGGGAUUGCUGUGGUGGCAGUUAUGUGCAAGCCCCAUCGGUGUCCUCAUAUUGCGAUGACAGGAAAUAUCUGCGUGUACUGCCCGGGAGGACCGGACUCGGACUUCGACUACAGCACACAGAGCUAUACUGGCUAUGAGCCGACAAGUAUGCGAGCCAUCCGCGCGCGGUACGACCCGUACGAGCAGACGCGAGGGCGAGUGGAGCAGCUGAAGGCUUUGGGGCAUAGUGUGGACAAGGUCGAGUUCAUCAUCAUGGGUGGUACCUUUAUGAGCAUGCCGGAGGACUACCGGAGCAAGUUCGUUGCACAAUUGCACAAUGCGCUCUCUGGGUUUACCGGCACCGAUGUCGAUGAAGCUGUCCGAUACUCUGAACAGAGCAAGUCAAAAGCAAUCGGUAUCACCAUCGAGACUCGACCAGACUAUUGCUUGAGGCCUCACCUUAGCCAAAUGCUCCGCUAUGGUUGCACACGCCUCGAGAUCGGCGUCCAGUCCGUCUAUGAGGACGUUGCCCGCGACACCAACCGCGGCCACACCGUCCGCGCAGUCUCCGAAUCCUUCCACCUUGCCAAAGACGCCGGUUUCAAGGUCGUCGCGCACAUGAUGCCUGACCUCCCCAACGUCGGCGUAGAGCGUGACCUCGAGCAGUUCAAGGAGUACUUCGAGAACCCCGCGUUCCGAAGCGACGGCCUGAAGAUCUAUCCCACCCUCGUCAUCCGCGGCACGGGGCUGUACGAGCUCUGGCGGACGGGGCGGUACAAGAACUACACGCCGAACGUGCUAGUGGAUGUGGUGGCAAGGAUUCUGGCGCUGGUGCCGCCUUGGACGAGGGUCUAUCGCGUGCAGAGGGACAUUCCCCUGCCUUUGGUCACCAGCGGCUGCGACAACUCGGGCAACCUUCGCGAGUUGGCGCUCAACCGGAUGAAGGACUUUGGCGCGGAGUGCCGGGACGUGCGCUUCCGCGAGGUCGGGAUCCACGAGAUCCACCACAAAGUGCGGCCAGAGUCCGUCGAGCUCAUCCGGCGGGACUACACGGCAAAUGGCGGGUGGGAGACGUUUUUGUCGUAUGAGGAUCCGGAGAAGGACAUCCUUGUCGGUCUUCUGCGCUUGCGCAAGUGCUCGGAGGAGGGCACGUUCAGGCCAGAACUCAUGCCGACCGAGGAGGGUGGCUGCAGCAUCGUGCGCGAGCUGCAUGUAUACGGGACUGCGGUGCCCGUGCACGGGCGCGACCCGACGAAGUUCCAGCAUCAGGGCUUUGGGACGCUGCUCAUGGAGGAGGCGGAGCGGAUAGCGCGCGAGGAGCACGGUAGCAUCAAGCUUGCGGUCAUCUCUGGUGUCGGCACCCGCGACUACUACAGGAAGCUCGGCUACGAGCUCGACGGGCCGUACAUGAGCAAGAUGCUGUUGUGAUUGUGUAGUUGGGGUAUCCUGUAUGUAUCGUAGUUGUUGUGGCAGUAGUGUACGAUAGUAGCAGCUCACUAUGUAGACGUGGACUAUCCGUCCCCCAUGACGAGGGUAUGGAAAUUCGGGAAUACGAGCUCCUCCUCGACCGUCUUGCGGAUCAUAUCCUGAAUGAACUUCUCCACGCGCGUCACGUUCCGCAGGACGUGCUUGUCCGCCUGGCCAAUCUCGCUCUCGAUGACGAUGGAGGGAAGAAGACGCUGGCCGACGGGCUUGGGCUUCGCGCGCGAGUAGGCACCGGACUGAAUGCCUGCGGUCG